ACUUAUACACUUUUUUAUUUUUGCAGGUUAAAAUUAAUAAUUCAGAACAAUUUCAACUACACCAUCAAGAUCACGUUACAACGUAUAAUCAUAUUUCGCAAACAUUGCAAAAACUAUUCGAACAGAGUGCAUAUACAGAUUCUGAUAAAUCAACACCAAUAUUAAAUGUUUAAACGAUAUUUCGAAAAUAAGUGAAAAUAAAGCCUAACAAUUGCUAAUUAAUGUUCGGGAUUGUAUGUAUCGUUUAUGCUUCUGUGCGAAUGAAACGUUCUCAAAAGUAAAAAAACAAAAAUCCUGUUCACAAAUAAAAAAUACGACUAGGUUAAAUUAUUAACUAACCGAUUAAAACUAACUUAAAAAUUGCAAAAAUAAUAAUAACAACAACAACAACAAAAUAAAAGUAAUUGUAAAGCGGUUGUUUAUGUUCAUACGAUUUCGGGAGUGUCAAGCAAAUUUUCAAAUAAAUAUAAUACAUUUUGUUAUUACUGGUUACAACGUUUAAUUUGACAAGAAAAUGUGUUUUUUUUUUAAAUGCUUAGUUAAUAGAUAAAAAAUCAAUUUAUAUUCCUAUAGUGGUAAAAUAACUUACCAAUUUCUACUCUGAAAAACCUUAAUAUAAAAAAAAUGUAUUAAAUUCUAAAGCGCAUGCUGAUACUGUUAGUUAUCCGACCCGAAAUUUUCAAUAUUUGUAUAUUCAGAGAAAGUGGAUUUAUUGAACAAAGCAAUGUUGUAAACUCUGCCUGGUGACAAUAAAUGCAAAUGCUCCACCACAGUCCACAAUAUAAAUUAUGUCAAACUAACAAAUGCUCAAUUGUAAUUUUUUGUCAUUAACAAUUUUUCAGUUCAAUAAUAUUUGUGUGAAGAUUUGAUUUCGUCACUACAAAAAACAUGCGGUUAAAAAUAAACUAAACUAAUUUUUUACAUCAUCGAUAUACCAAAUCAAUAUCAACGGCAGCAAAUUCUUUUGAUCCGGCGGAGAUUAUAAUAAGAUAUCAAUUUCGACAAAAAAAAAAAAACAAAACAACGAUGUAAUUUGGCAUAUCGCAGACCAGUGUAACCAUAGUUGACAAAUUAAAAGUCGUUUACACAUUUCAUUUUGUUAGAGAAGGGAUUGAAUCAAUAACAAACGGGUAAUACGCUAAUCGCAAUUCGCAAACAAACAACGUGCAGUAUACGCAAUUGAGUUCAUCGACUAUUGAAUAUCACCGACAACCGUUUAAUAAGUAUAACGCAUUGAACAACAACAAUAAAGUAAUAUUAAUUUUAUAUUGCAUAAGAAUUCGCGUGCCCUGGCAUGUGAGGAAGUGCGUGCGCGUGCGUGUGGCGGCAAACACAUAGCGUACAAACGUAACUCAUCAUUGUUAUACGCCGUCAAUAUCAAUACCCCUGGAGUUUUUUAGUCGUUGUAAUUGUAAUUUUUAUAACUUCACGUCUAUAAGUUAAAUUCACAAUUUUCGUUAAGCUUCGAUAAGCACUUUCUCACACUAACCAAGUACUUGGUUUAGUGACUAUUUUGCAAAUAUUUGCAAAACCAUUCAUUUCUGCUGCACCAAUCCACAUUUCAGUUUGCUGGCUGCUAAGGCGAUAAGAAACGCAAAAUUGCGACCACAGCAAUAGAAAUGCAAAGACGAGAAAAUCGUGAAAGGCAGAGCUCGAUUAAAAGCUAAGGACGCGGUUUUAUUGGAAAGCGCUUGUUUCAGUUGAUGGUGGUGGAACACAGGCUGCUGGAACAUCAGGUACCGGUGGUGGUGGCGGCGGCGGAGGUGGUGGAGGCGGCGGAACGCGUAACACAACCAGCUCUGGCAACAUGUAUGCCACCCGCCAAGCUGUAGGCGCCUCCACGGGGGUACUUAUGGUCGGACCAAAUUUUCGUGUUGGUAAAAAAAUUGGCUGUGGUAAUUUCGGAGAACUGCGUUUAGGACGACGGAUGUGCUUUUUUGGUGGCAGCGGCAGCGGUGGCAAUGGCAGCGCCAGUUCAAGCGGCGCUGAUGCAGCAGGCAAAAAUCUGUACAACAAUGAACACGUAGCAAUAAAAAUGGAGCCUAUGAAGUCAAAGGCUCCACAACUACAUUUAGAGUAUAGGUUUUAUAAACUAUUAGGAUCACAUGAUAAUUGUCCGGAGGGUAUACCGCGUGUGUAUUAUCUGGGCACAUGUGGUGGCCGUUAUAAUGCCAUGGUAUUAGAGUUAUUGGGACUGUCCUUAGAAGAUCUCUUCAAUAUUUGUUCCCGUAAAUUUUCUCUUAAGACUGUACUGAUGAUAUCUAAGCAACUUCUCCACCGGAUCGAAUAUGUUCAUAGUCGGCACUUAAUAUAUAGGGAUGUGAAACCGGAGAAUUUUCUCAUAGGCAGAACAUCAACGAGACGGGAAAAAAUUAUACACAUAAUUGAUUUCGGUUUGGCCAAAGAAUACAUUGAUUUAGAUACAAAUAGGCAUAUACCAUAUCGGGAGCAUAAAUCUCUCACCGGCACCGCACGUUAUAUGUCAAUAAAUACACAUAUGGGCAGAGAGCAAUCAAGGCGCGAUGAUUUAGAAGCAUUAGGACACAUGUUCAUGUAUUUCUUAAGAGGUUCACUGCCGUGGCAAGGCCUUAAGGCUGAUACACUUAAAGAACGAUAUCAAAAAAUUGGUGAUACAAAACGUGCAACACCCAUUGAGGUGCUUUGCGAUGGACACCCCGAAGAAUUUGCUACAUAUUUACGUUAUGUGCGGCGAUUAGAUUUUUUUGAAACGCCCGAUUAUGAGUUUCUGCGAAGACUGUUUCAAGACUUAUUCGAUCGUAAAGGCUAUGUGGAUGAUGGAGAAUUCGACUGGACAGGGAAGACAAUGACCAAGGAGCAACUUGAACAAAUGAAGGUUAUCAAGAAUGCGCCACCGUCACAUUUAGCCAAAAAUAAAUCAGACAAGUCAACGCCCGUCGGAUCUCUGCAAACUGGCCAUGAAGUCAUCAUUUCACCAAAUAAAGAUCGUCAUAAUGUAACGGCUAAGGAUAUUUCAUAUUUUGAUUAUGAGGAAGACGAUGAUGAUGGUGAUGAGGAAUAUUUGAUACUCGAGACAAAUGCCAAAGGAGGUGUUGCUGCGUGGCCGGAUGUGCCAAAACCAGGCGCCACCCUCGGCAAUCUAACACCGGCCGAUCGGCAUGGCUCCGUGCAGGUUGUGAGUUCCACAAAUGGCGAAUUGAAUGCGGACGAUCCCACAGCUGGCCACUCAAAUACUCCUAUAACGCAACAGCCCGAAGUGGAGCUUGUCGAUGAAACGAAUUCAUUCCUGUGUUGUCUUUGCAGAUGUUGUUGUUUCUUUAAACGAAAGAAGAAGAAAUCAUCACGUCAAAAAUGACUAGACGGUGUCCAAUGUAGUCCAGAACGCGAAGCGGUCACACUGCUACGCGCCACUUCACAUUCAAAUUCACGGGAUAGCGUAUUGAAUAAUCCAAGUCAGGAUUAUAUACAACAGGCAACGUCACAGCAUACGUUGCGUUAUCCUCCAUCCGCGUCGAUGUUGACGCCAACACCAACUACAAACACACCGACACUUCCGUUGUAAUUUAUAAUAUACAUACACGCAUACAUGCAUACAUACAUAGAAACAUAACGCAGCAUAACAUACAUACAUACAACAUUUACCAUUUAUUUAGUUUAAAUGAAAAGAAAAUGCUAAAAAACGCAAAAACUGUGAAAAAAAAAACAAUAUAAAAAUCUGCAGAAAAUUUCCAAAAAUAUAGUAAAACGAUUAUGAAAAACGGAUGUAAGGUCCACACAAAAAAACCAUAUGUAUGUAUUUUCAAAACCACACAAACUUCAUUUCAAGCAUUAACGGAAAAGCGUAAAUUGUAAAGAAAAAAUACAAAAAACAACAACAAAUUGGCUGACAGUAGACAGCAGUAAUAUGUCAUUAAGCAAGUUAUGUAAGCAUAUAAACGGCGCGCACACAGAUUUGAAAAAAAAAAAAUAAAGCGUAAAUUUCGUUUGGCACGAACUUCUUAGCGAAGUUGGUUGGGGGGUAUGGCUGACCCACAGAUUGCGUAGUUGCAUGCAUGCUCCAACACAGUGACAAGUGCAACAGUUAAUCUUUGGUUUGGAAUUUCGUUGCUAUGUUAAGUGUGUAGCAUACUUUUAGGCGCACUGGCGAUUUUUGAAGUAACUUUAAGUAACUAACGGUACGCUUGCGCUUUCCUCAGCCACAGUAUCGGCCGCUAUAAUUUCUUUCGAGCAUUAGCGCUCAAUUUCCCACUAAAUUAUACAGUUAUACUCCCCUCUCAACCAUCCACCUUCACGCCACCAAUGCGUUCAACCUGCCAAUCAACACAACCAAACCAACAAACACUGUGUCUGCAAGAACAGCUAAUUAGUAGUUAUGUGGAUUGUGUUUGAAAGCGUAGAGUUUUUACAAAAAACAAAUUUAAAAAUUUCGAAAUGUGAGCGCGCGCCUGUCGUGCGUUCAGUUCCUCACAAGAGUAAGGCUUCUUUUCGUUUGCGCUACCGACAGGCAUUGUAUGCAUAAUUUAUGAGGAAAGAAAAAUUGAAACGAAAAACAAAAACAACAAACGAAAGCUAACGCAAGCAGAAAGCGAAACCAAUUGUAUUUGCAGAAUUUUCUUUAAAUAUACAUGCAUACCUACAUACAUACAUAUAUAUACUAUUUUUUGUUUAUUUAAUUUAAAGCAAAACGUUUCUUACCUAAAUACUAUUAUUAUUAAUUAAUUAAUUAAUGUUUAUAAUUAUAUUGAUAAUUUAUAACUAUAAUUGAUUAUAAUUAUUAUAAUAUUUUUUUUUUUAAUUUUAAAUAAUAUUUACGUUAUUGUGUUAAUUUAUAAUUGUAUAAUUUAAAUUAUAUCACAAUGAAAGCAGUAAAUUUAAAAACAAAAAUAAUUAAAAAUAUACACACAUCUAUACAUACACACAACCAUAUACAUACAUUAAAAGAAAGAAAGCGAAAAUUUACAAAAAUGUGUCUAAUUUUUCUUUUGAUUUGGUGCAACAAAUAAUUGGUUGCAAUACAGACAGCAGCCGUGCGCCGAUUUUUGUUAAAAUUCAUUUUUCUAUAAAUAAAAAAAGUAAAAAAGAAGUCAUAAAAAAGUUGUUGCGCCGCAAGAUAGUUUUUAAACAAAAGUACGCUUUCAUUAUUUUAUAGUAAAAAUGCUAAAAGAAAUAUGCGGCAACAAUUUUCACAGCAUGACUCCUGAAAAUAUGCAACAUAUCGUCAGCUAAAAUGCUAAACAAAAAAAAUGCAAAAAAAUCAAAAUUAAGUUUUUUAUUGCUUAUGUUUCACUACGUCAGAUUUUCAGCUAUCGCUGUCAGAUAUAACCAAUAUAUAACCAUUUUAUAACCAAAACUGACAUUUUGUUGCAAUAUGAGUGAUUUUUAUUAUAGCGUUUUUCCUUCGCCUAUAAACGUAUGAAAAGUGAUGUUAUGUUAUUUUGUAUUUUAGCUGACAAUAUUUUGCAUACUGCUGUUUAGCUGCAGCCGUUUGCCACUCUCACAAUUUCCAAAUCUUGUACGGGUGCCUUAAAAAAGCAUGAAUUUUUAUAAAAAAUAAUUUCGUGCUCAACACAUAAUUUCGUUUCAUGUUGUUGUUGUUGUAACGGCAGAAUUCUGUCGCGUUAACAGUCCUUGACAGGAUAAAAAUCCGGGUCUAUUCCGGUUACAUAGACCCGUGCAAACGGUUGAUGUGAUGUUCGUUUCAUCACAAGCAGUGGCGUUGAAGCUUCUUGUAGCCAAGGUUGUCACUGAAGCUACAAUGAUUGCUAUACAAACAAGUAGUACGCUCACGUUGCAUAGUGUUGGUGCACAUUUUUUUAAUAAUAAUUCACAACUGGAAUUGUUAGUUUAACAACCAACAACGACAACAACAACAAAACUAUGUUUAACCAGCGUUUUAAGCAGUUGCCACAUUUUUGUUAUGACUUUUAAGUUACUAUAUCCGUUAGCUCCUCUUCAUUGUGCUGCGCAGUUGGGUUAUUUAUCUUAUAUUUUUUUCAUCAUGACUGUGUUAAAUUUUAUGAAUGCUUCGUUGUUUUUUCCAAAAUACAAUUAAGGCUGUGCGAUCGAUUUAGCGUUUAAAAAAUUGCUUCUAACCGACUUUUUCGUUUUUUGCUGUACGUUGAGAGAAUUGUGGUUCAGUCAUUCAUUUUUCUAACCUCAAUUUUUCAAUUUUUCGCUAAAAUGUUAAACUAAAAAUUGCUAAAUGAAAAAAAACCAUGACGUUACAAAGAAAAAAUUAAAUAUUUAAUGAAAGUUCAGAUUAAAAAAUAGAAAUUUAAUUGACCGAAUUCCACAUGCUGUGGAAAUAUUUAUUUUUUUUUUCAAUUUUAAAACUUUUUUUCAAUUUUAGAACCUUUUUUUAAUUUUAGAACCUUUUUUUAAUUUUCGAUUUUUUUUUAAUUUUAGAGUUUUUUUAAUUUUAAAUUUUUUUUUUAUUUAAUAUUUUUUUUUUAUUUUUAUAAUAUUUUUUUAAUUUCAUAAUAUUUUUUUUUUAUUUUACUAUUUUUUUCUUUGCCAAGGAAAUGAAAAUUUAAAUGUAUAGUAUUUUUAGUAUCCAAAAAACUAUUCGCCUAAAAUAUUUUUUGUAUUAAUAGUAAGCUAUUAAACACGUGUAAACUACGCUGAUUAUGCUAUAAAUUACUAGUUUUUUUUAAGUAAAAAAUUUUAUUGCAUAAAUUGUAAAUUUAGACAAAAUUUUUGAAAAUUUAUUUUUAAAUUACAUUUAAAUGUUGUUAUGUAAAUGCGUUUACACAACUAGUUUCUUAGUAAAAUGGCUUAAUUAUGCAAAUUAUGUGGAUUUCGAACUUAACUAGACCAAAUAUUAAAAGCAAAAAUCACAUAAAACAAAAUUAUCGCAACUAAAAUGACUUAAAUUGUAAAUUAGGCUAAGUUCUGCUACUCAUUACUCAUUUAAAAGCAUUUGUGAAAAGAUCUAAAGUAUGUCUCGUGUGUGAGGAGUUGAAGGUUAGAAUCCAAAAAUGCCGAUAUUACAAAAAUGCUGCAGUUUUUUGUUGGCUUUUUGCAUGAGACAAUUAUAAAUAACUUAUAAACGUAUUUUAUAUAUAAUUUUUUAAAUAGUAAAAUAAUUGGCUGCUAAUUAAAUAAGUUGUAAACAUAAAUUGUAUUAAUUAAUAAAUCAGCAACAAAAUCUUUAAACCGUAUUUUUUAUUAUACAAAUUUGUUUAAUCAAGCAUAUUUUUCUAGCGUUGCAGUUAAAAAAAAGUUACUUAAAAUUUAUUUUUUGAGCACGGCAACUAUUUAAUUUAUAGCAUAAUUGAAAGACAAGAAACUCGGUGAAAAUUCUCACUUUUUGUAACGAAGCUAUACAGAUUGGAGUGCCUUACAUUUAUAGCUGUUUAGUUCAAAUUACAAAUUUAUUUUUUAAUUUUUUAAAGCAAUUGAAAAAAUUCUUUAAACUUCCAUUUUUUUUCUGAAAUUAAAAGGUUAUAUAUGUAUACAUAUAUUCAUAUAUGUAUAUGUAUUACCUAUCAACAGUUUUUUACUUUAAAUCUAAUUAUUUUUUUAAUUGAAUUUCAAAAAAAAAAGAAAAAAAUUAAGAGAAUAUAAAACCAUUCAAUGCCCUUUUUUAUUUAAAUUAAUUUUUUUAAAUUUUUAUUUGAAAUAUUAAAAAAUUGUUUUAAUUCACAAUAAAAUAAAAAUAAUAAAUUCCAAAAAAAAACAAAUUUUAUUCUCUAAAGAAUUUUAAUUUUAUAAUAUAUUUUCUAAUUCAAAUUAUUAUAUAUUCAAUUAUUAUUUAUUAAUUCAAUUAGAAAAAUAUAUAUUUUUGAAGUUCCAUUAUAUUUUUCUUGAAAUUAUGAAAUUAUAUCAAACAGUUUUUAUUUUAAUUCUAAUAAUUUUUUAAUUAAAUUAAAAAUGAAAAAAAUAAAUUUUAAAAUCAAUCAACCCAGCACUGAUUUUUUUGAAUUUAAUUUUUAAACUAAUAUUUUUUAAACAUUUAAUUAAACAAAAAAUAAAAAUGAAAUUAAAAAAAAACUAUUAAGAGUUUUAAUUAUAUUAUAUUUUUUCUAAUUUCAAAGAAAAAAUAAUACGAUUUCAAAUAGAAAAAUAUUGAAUAGAAUAAAAAAAAUCAAAUAAAAUAAUUAAACUACAAUAAUUUUUCUUUUGAAAUUCAAUUGAAUUUUUUUAAUCUUAUUAUAGAAAUGCUUAAAAAAUAUAUAUAUUUUCUUUUGAAUUAUUGCGAAAACAUCAGUGUACUUUAAAACAAAUACAGAAAAAAUGUAAAAAGCUUGAAAACCUGGAAGAGAUUUUGAUUUGGCAUUUAUUGUAGUAAAUUUGGAAUUAAAAAUUUCAAGGAACUUCAUUUAAAUUUUCAUUUCUUUCAACGAUUUCAUUUACAAUAAAAAAUAGUUUUAAAAUGUUAACGAAUUUUUUAAUAAAAAAUAAUUAAUUAAAAGUCAAACGUUUUUUAAAUAUUUUUUUAAUAAUAUUGCAUUAAAUUUUUCAUAAUUUACAAACUUUUUUAAUAAAUAACAAUUUAAUAAUAAAAAUAUAUGUAUUUACUGAAGCAUAAUAUUUAUUUCAUAUAAGUUUUUGUUUGCUAAAAUUUUUUUUUACGCUGAAUUAGUAUAUUUUUUUUAAUUUUUCAUAAAAUACAUAUUUUUUGUAUAUAUUUUAAAUUUUUUUAAUAUUUUUUAUUUUAUUUAAUUUUUAUUUUUUUUAAUAUUUUUAUUUUAUUUAUUUUUUUUUUUUUUAAUAUUUUUAUUUAAUUAUUUAUAAAUAGCUUUCCAUUUUUUAAACACUUAUUUUUUUACAUUUUUGUUUUAAAUAUUUUUAUAUAUUUAUGCAUAGUUUUUACAUUUUUUUUGUUUUCUAUUUUUUUUUUUUUUGUUAUGUUCUUUUAAUAUUUAAAUUAAAAACGAAAUUAAAUAAUUGUAUCAAACGCUCUAAACGCCACCACCACUAAACGAAUUUUUUAUAUUUCAAACACAUUUUAUUACAAAAAAACCAAAUUAUGCAAACUACCACAAAUACACAGCAAAACGGAAAACAGAAAUACGUACAAGUUGGUGAAAGGGAGAAAUCGAGGAUAAAACGUAUGCAUAGUGAUGAGACAAGCAGAGAAUUUGAAUGUUGAAAUGGAAAAAAUACAAAAAAAUUAAAAAAAAAAAAACAAAAAAAA